ACUCCGCAUCUUAUUAGCAACAAGGGAAAUUUCUCCAUUUUCCACCCUGUCUACAGCGACACAGCCACAAAUCUGGGAUUUUUUAUUGCUUCUCUUCACUUGACAGGUUUUUUCUGCGAUUUUCCAAAUUUGUUCACUGUGACUGGACUUUGAUUACUUGUACAGUGAACUUUACAAAGAGGACCAUCGGCUAAGAGCUUGCAUUUAAGAAAGACGAUUGUGGUCUUUGUUCCGUUUUUUGGAUCGGUAGAGUUUCUUUGUUGGAGCGAAAGCAUGGGAGCGCAAUUCUCCAAGACAGCAGCAAAAGGCGAAACCGUGGCUGAAAAGCCAGGGGAGGCGGCUGCUUCGCCAACCAAAACUAAUGGACAGGAGAAUGGCCAUGUGAAGGUAAAUGGUGAUGCCUCUCCUGCAGCUGCUGAGGCUGGCAAAGAGGAGGUGCAGGCCAACGGCAGCGCCACGGCAGAGGAGGUCCCCAAGGAAGAGGCCGAGAAGGCCGAGGCUGCUCCUGCUGAGAAGGAGGCCGUAGAGGGGGAGAAGGAGGCUGUAGAGGCCGUUCCCGCCGCCGAGGGGGAAGCGGCCGCCAAGCCAGAGGAGGGCGCCACACCCUCAACAAGUACCGAAACCCCCAAGAAGAAGAAGAAGCGCUUCUCGUUCAAGAAGUCCUUCAAGCUCAGCGGCUUCUCCUUCAAGAAAACCAAAAAGGAGACCGGGGACGGGGCCGGGGAGGAGGCCGGGGCGUCCACGGAGGAGGCCAAGGCCGACGCAGCAGAGGCUCCAGAGGCUGCCGCCUCCGAGGAGGCCAAGCCAGCUGAGGGCGAGGCUGCACCUGCCGCGGCUGGGGAGGAGGCUAAAGAGGCUGUCAGCCCGGUAGAGGCCAAGCCAGAAACGGCAGCAGAGAAGCCAGCCGAGGAGGCCGAGGCUGCCCCGCCCGCCGAGGAGCCAAAGGCCGAGGAGAAGCCUGCUGAACCUGCUGCAGAGGCCAAGGCAGCUGAGGAGGCACCUAAAACAGAAGAGGCCGCACCUGCAACACAGGAGGCCGCAUCCAGUCCUGAGGCCCCCGUCGCUGAGACCGCCGCCGAGUAAGGCCUCAUGGUUAAAGAGCAAAACGGAAGAAAUAUUAAAAAAAAAAAAAAAGAGGAAAAAAGAUAAUCAAAGAACAUUUCCCUGUUUGUAUGUUGGAGUGGUGCCAGGUCAUGGCUGUGGAGAACUUGUCUACAACCAGGGAUAUUUUAAAGCUUUUUUCUCUUUCUUUCCCUUCCCCCUCCACAAAACCCAUCUCGGCCCAUUGUUACUAUCAUUCCAAGGGGCGGGGAGGUGGGUGGCUUAGAAAUGUAAUACAGAAAAAAUACAUCCACACUCUGCCAUAUAUUUUUUUGCAUCAGUAUUAAAUGUUUUCCUUUUUUUUUUUUUUUUUGCAUUUUUAUACAAAAUGUAAACUUGUCAAAAUGUAUGGACAUGCCCAUGGUAUGAAGGAGGAGGGGGAUAAAGUUGAGAUGUAAAUGAAGGGGUUUUGGGGGUGGGUUGGGGAAAGAUAUUGGAGGUGGCAUAUUUGUGCCUAGGGUUUGUGCCACAGACUACGAUGUAAAGAGUAGUCUUGAAAUACAAAAAUGAAACAAGAAAUAUCCAUGUACCAUGAGAGUACUAUGUGGUUUACAACACUAAGUCAUUUUUACAAUAACCAGACAACCAUACAAUUCCCAGAUCUAGGUUUAGGAAGUCAUUUAAAAUCAUAGGAGCUUUUCACUUCUCAUUAGCUGUACCAGUCAGUGAUUCAGUAGAAAUACAAGUUGUAUAGGCUUAAUUGUUUAUUGCUGGUUUUAUGACCUUAAUAAAGUGUAAGUAUGUAUAGGCGGGGUGUUUUUAACUGUGAUUAUUGUACAAAUGAAAUCUUGAUCUCAAGAAGCACAUGAAGUUUGCAGCUCUUUUCCACCCGCUCAUUUUUGUAAGAUAACAAAACAAGUCAUCCUGGAGGACCUUUUAAGCAAUUUUGAACUCAACCAAGCUGUGAUAAGUGGAAUGGUUACUGUUUAUAUACUGUGGUAUGUUUGAUUACAGCAGACAAAUGCUUUUUUUCAGUGGUCUAUGACAAAUUAAGGAAUCUCUAUCAGAUGCAAUGUUUGUGUAGCAUCUUGUCUCCUUUGCUUUUGUAAAUACUGAAGAAGCUUUGACCAAUUUGACUUAGAGAUGGAAUGUAACUUUGCUUACAAAAAUUGCUAUUAAACUCCUGCUUAAGGUGUUCUGAUUUUCUGUGAGCACACUAAAAGCGAAAAUAAAUGUGAAUAAAAUUUGAAA